AUUCAUAUUUAAGGCAUGAAAUAUAUCUCUAGUGUGUUUCCACUUCUGUUUCUUAGCGUUGUUGGCCAGCAUGGGAUCACUGAGGCUCCGUCGAAGUGUGGUGAAAAUUCCGGAACGUUUUGUACUGGAUGCCGAUCAAUGAAUGUCUGCUUGAGUCCGGAUAUUUCGUUUCCGGUGGAAUGUGACGAUUCGCAGUACUGCAACAUGAUCGACAAUGGUUUGGCAAUUUGCGAUGACUGGGUCCCAGUGGGAUGUGAAACAACAACAACAACUAUUGCGCCUCCAGCGGCCAGUUUGACGUGUACCGGUGUCGGAAUCUAUCCGGAUCCGUACGAUUGCAAUGCAUACCACUACUGUAUGGCAAACCUCGCCGAAUCGGAAGUUCAUCGUUGUCCGGUGGGAUACGGUUUCCACUAUACAUCGGAGGCCUCGGACGGAUUCCCUUGCCGAAAAUUGGAAUCGGAAAUGGACUGUUUGAAGGUUACUUGUUCCGGGCAGUCAGUUUUCGAUGAGUACGACACGGCGAAACUCUUUUAUGCUCACUGUCAUACGAACAUGAAAACGGGUCUGCAGACGAUUGCAAUGUACCGAUGCACCGAUGGCGCCUCUUUCAACGGAUACAACUGUGUCUUUCGAUGCACCGAAGAGGGAUUGUAUGCGAAUACGAUUCAACCGAACACUUACUAUCAGUGCCAACGCAUGUCUGGGGGAACCCUAGGCUGGCGAUUACUGUACUGCCCACGGAAUGCGGUGUUCGAUAACAGUUCGAAGAAGUGUGUUUAGGUUUUGAAGGCUAUAAUAAACUUUCUGACACUAAAAA